CGAAGCAUUGCAAAUUCCGCGCGCCGCCGAGAUGUGUGAACGUAAUGAAUUUGUUGUCAGCAAGUUGAAUAUGGUGCUCAUUUGUUCGACUAGAGUUUUCAUUAUGGAUUUUAGUUUGGCUACUUCGUUUUUCUGCUCGUCCGAAGAGAUAUUUUUUGCAGUUGAUUGUGGAGGUUGUAGAGUAGCUCGCUGCCAAAUGGAUAUUCGGGAGCUAGCUAGAGGUUACUUGGGCGAAGCCCAUAAGUUGUGAACUGUUUGGACCGUAUUCAGAACAAUCGUCCUUACCCCUCCCAAGUGAGUGGCAUUCAGUGGCUUUCCCUACUCAUUAUCCCAGGCGUAAAAAGAAAUGUAUCCGUUACAUGGAAGCGAUAAGCAGCGGCAGUGCCGGUAGCAGUGGUACCAAGGACGAUUGUUAUCAAGAGUUAGACGACUUAGACGACCAUGGCAGCGAUGACAAUUUAGGCAGCCCACAGAGCAUUGAUGACAAUAAUAAAACGCCAGAUAAUGAUAUAGAGUCCCUGAAUCAUUCGUUAUCUAGUCAAGGCUGUCUAAGCGGUUUGUCUAGUCUACAGAGUCCGUCCACAAGUUUGGCAAGUCCGGUAAAUCUGCUCGCUAGUCCAGCAACGCCAGUUACCGUGGGCCUGACAUUCGGGAUCGGUGAGCAUCAACAGAAUGCGCAAACCCAACAGCAAUUGCCGCAUCAACAAUCGACCCUACAAGCGCAGCAGCUAUUAUUGCAGCCGAGCAGCGUUGUCGACGCGUCGGCAACACAGCAAAUGCGUAUGCAACAAUCGGGUCAACAAAUCCAUUUGGGUCAGCAUCAGCAGCUUUCACAGCAGCGUCAUUCGCAUACACAUACAGCACCCCCGCUCUCGAUAAGUAGUAUUUUUGAAAAUCCUAAAGCCACAAGGUCGUUCCUUUGUACCAGCAGUGGGAGCGGUGGCGCAAGCGUAUUAAUGUCACCAACUCUGUCAAAUAAUUGUACUAGUGGAAUAUGCAUUGCCAACAGUCUAACCAAUACCUCAUCUUCAACUGCUGCAGCUGUGGCGGCGGCGGCUUUUACAGAACGCACAAUGCUCACACUAUUGAGUCCUAGUCCAUCUACUUUGCUGAUAAAUGGCAAUUGUUUCCCGCCGAGCAACCUGGAGUCCAGUAAUGGUGCGAUAGUGUCAAUAGCCCAAAUGCUAUCCAACACUAACAAUGCAACAUCUAGUUUAAACGCCAACAUUUCUAAAUCUACUUCAGUCACUGCGAUUUCUAGCGAGACUACAAUCACCCCCACCACAACCGGUGGCACCGGUCGUUCAAAUGAAUGUAAUUCCUAUAUCAGUAGCACCAAUUGUGGUAUUUUUGAGAACAUUUCGGCGGUAACUGUUACUCAGUCCACAUUCACCGUAACCAAACCCAUUGCAGUUAUCAGUGGAAAAUCGACAGCAUCCUCGUCUGCUUCAUCUGCGGCCUCUUCGCCUGCUGCCGAAAACUUUGAAAAGUCAAAUGUAACAACACAUCGAAAUCCAAUCGGAGCGAACCCACAUGACAUUAACAAUCCGCUAAGUAUUAACCAGCUGACGAAAUGCGACGAAGGUACAAGCAUUAGUAACUGUCACAAUAAGUCCCAAAAUAUCGGAGCCGAGGUCAGCACAACAUCAGCGUCAACCAAAGCUAGUAAUGGUGUCGCACAGCAAUACAAGGAUAAUAGCCAACAGCUGCAAAAGGAGUUAGUCUUGCGAUUACCACCGGCUGCGGCACAGCAUCAGCAGUUGACAACGUCGGCUUUGUUGACACCAGCACAACAACAGUAUCAGCAGCAAUUCCAUUUCCAUGGCGCCUCAGGACCUCCGCCACUUCCAUCGCAUCAUAAUGCACACCAUCACCAUCCGCACGCGCAUUCACCGCUAUUCAACCAGCACUUCCAACAAUUUAGCCACCACUUGGCGUCUGUGGCGGCAGUAGCAGCGGCAGCGGCAGGCGUACACGUGCCCAAUAUAUUGAAUGCGACAGUUGUUAGCACCAAUAACAGUAUACACCGAAGUCCCAGCAGUGUACUGAAUAAUUUCAAUAUGCCGAGCGCAUUCAGCAUUGAUGAAUCACCUUCCAACUUUGCUUCUCCGGCAAUAACAGCAACAAGGACAGUAACAUCGACAGAGGCAGUAACACCGAUAGCGGCAGAAACAUCUACAGCGGCUGAAGGUAUCAGAGGUUGCAAUACGGGAACUGUGAGCAACGAUAUCUCAAUGCCGAUUAGCCAGCACCUAGUGGCGGCAACGGCGACCGACGCUAGUGUCAACGGUUCAACUAGCGUUGUUGUCAAUGCAAGCGCUGCUGGCGGUGAAAAUGGUGCAAUCAGCGUUACAUAACAGUAACAACAACAAGUAGUCGUGCAGUCAGGUAAUAUAACAAGCAAAGUGUUGAACAGCGUCAAAGCAAUAAUCAACACCAGAAACAGCACACCUUCAAUAGCAAGGACAACAUUAUUCAUAAAAAUUCUCGUUUAUUUUAUAUAGUUAAAUAUUUCUUAUGCAUGAAGGCACUAAAACUCAAAGCAGUACAUACAUAUGUACAUAAACAAGCAUUCUUAUCUCGUGAGUAUUUCAUCUUCAAAGAUGAGGGCCCACCAUCAAAAGGCGCUUUCAAGCAAAACAAAUAUGUUGAUGUGUAUAUACAUAUGUGUGUUGUUAUGUUUACAAAUUACGAACUAAAAUUAAGUGAACAGAAAUCUAAAGGCUCUGGGCGGACGAGCUCUACAAAACACUGCUGAGUACUAUGAGUUUGUGAAGAGAAGAAUGAACAGUUUUUUAGUUAGCAGUAAUUACAUUGUAAGCGUAAACAUGAUUAGUUGCUAAGCCUUUUUAGAGCAAUGGUGUUCAGUUAUACAUACAUAUGUAAUUGCUAUCAAAAAAAAAAUAGUUAAUAUAUAAUAUCAUAGCAAGCAUUUUUGCAAUCAUUCGUAAUGAUAAUAUAAAUAAUUAUUUAAUUGAUUAUUUCACUUAAUUGAUACUGCCUUGCAGGGAGAGGUAUUCCGAUUGUUAUAUUAUGCUAUAUGUAUAUGUAAUAUAUAUACAUAUGUAUAUAUGUAAGUAUGAAGUUGUUUUUUCCAAAAUGCUUAAAAAAUCUGUUCAGGUGGCAAUUUAUUUAUUUAUUUGAAGUACCUGCCUGCCUUCUUCGUAAUUGAUGAGUUUGUAGGAUAUUUUUUUUGCAGGUUUACUACAGCCCUUUUAGAUAUGUAUAUCAGUUAUAACUUUGAAUACUAGUUUACAACAUACAUGGUCCCGCUGAUUGGGUUAAAAACGACUGGAUGGUAUUUGGGUAUUUGACAUAUGUACAUAUGUAUGUAGGUAUCAAAAUCCUUUGUAAGUGCCUGUCCGUACUUUCCAAUUAAUAAGACUGGUUGGCCAAUGAUUUACAGUUGGAAAUAAUACAUAGAUACAUAUUAAAUGUGACGAAAAGUUGUAUUAAUUAUGUCUGCGUUUAAAAUAUAUAUGUAUGUACUUUGUAGGAAAUUUUUUUACGAUUUUUCAAAUUUUACUGUUAGUUUAUGUUGAGAUCAGUAGACGUCUAUGAGAUGUCAUAUAGAGGAGUUUGCGCCUUUGUAUUAUUAUUCAAAGGAAAAAUAUUGCUCUUCCAAUCUUUUCGUAGUAAUAUUUAGGAUUAGAUAAUUUCUUCUAAUCAGGAUUUGUCCUAACAAAUCCAUUUGUUCACAUCAAAAGUUUUUGUUAAUUUUGGCCGAGGGCAAGACACUUCGCCAGUUUAUUUUUCAGGGCGAAUUCGCGUUAAUUAGCUUGCUAUUUUUAUAUCAAUCGCAUCAUAAGUAUACUGUUUUUUUUCGUAAAGUCAUUUUACAGGUUCAUUUCGUAUGUGUAGUUGGUCAGGUAAAAAACAGUGGUAGCUAAUUUUGAUUAUCUUUGUAAAUAACUCAAUGCCCAAAAUUAAAACCUUACUUGUGUUUAAAUAUACUUAUAAAAAUGUUGAAAUAUUUUUGAGCAUAAGCGGAGGUCAAAUUUCCGGACAUGAAACAACAAAUGAUACAAAAGGUUUUUUCUAAUAGCGGUCGCCCUUCAGCUGGCAAUGGUAACCUCCGAGUGUAUUUUUUCCAUGAAAAAGCUCCGCAUAAAAAAUAGUAUGAAGUUGUAGGUCCCUCCAUUUGUUCAAAAGAUCAAGACGCACACCACAAAUUGGAGAAACAUCUCGGCCAAAUACCCAAUAAAGCGUAUAAGCGCCAAUUAUAUAUAUAUGUAUACAGAAUAAUAAAAUAAAUAAUUUGAAAUUUGAAACUCAGUUGUUCAUGCAUAUUUACAAAUAUGCAUCAAUGAAUGCACAAGUUAAUGAAUUAAUAUUAAAUAGAUAAUAAGCUCAUAAAUAUUUAGAAUAAAAUUAAAGUCAUAUUUCAAACAAAUAUAGAAAAAAAUAUUUCGUAGCGCAAAAUUACACAAAAAAAGAGCAAGUAACAGUUGAUCGGUCGAAAUAAAGUAUAUGCGCAAUCUUCUAAUAUGAUGGAGAAAAUAACCUAAUGAUAGACUUAAAUGAAACUCUAAACGAAUUUAUUAAAAACAAAAAUGAUACUGAAAUUGUUAUUAACAAUAUGCAAAAAAAUGAAAUAUAAAGCAAAUCUGAUCAUAUAUUUUGUCAUACUAUUUACAUAAAACCAAAAAAUAUCGAAAAGUUUUUUUUAAACACAAUAAGACUAAAAUGUCUGCAUUUUUCAUACGUACAACAAACAUACGCAACCAAACACAAAUAAAAAACAAGCAAAAGGCGAUAAACAGAAUGCACACGAAUACAUAUAAUAUACGGGUAGGUUCUGUAAUUCACUUCCGAAUUGCUAAAAAAUUUCAAUGAAAUUUACUGCAUAACCUGACCGAUAGUAUUGAUUUUUCCAAUAACCCUAUUGUAUUGGAAACGUUAAUAACGAAAUCAAAUUCGCUCUUGCCUUAUUUUUUGUAUAUUUAAAAAGGCUUUGAAAUGUUUAAUUGAAUGAUUGAUUUGGUCGAGACAUAAUGACGUAUCAUCAACACUCCUUUUUUCUACUGACCAUUGAUAAUCUCUGCCCUAUGGUCGGGAAGUCGAGGUCCAAGCUUUAGUUGUUUUCGACUUUCCUUUCAAUGUCAUGUGCGAGGCCAAUUAUGCUGGGAUCUACGGGCCAGUGUAACUCUGAGAACCCCCAUAUUCAUAAUACCAGGAAUUGAAAUUUCUCAACUAUUUCCUAGUUAUCAUUUUUGCUCUCGCUACCGCUCUGAACUUGAAGAGAUAAUAUCAUAGUUGAGCAGGAACGCAAAACGCGUUUCGUUACUGCUAGCAGCUCAAAGCAGUAGUUUAAAAAAAUGUAAGUGCUCUCUGUAGUUGGAGUAGUGGUAAAGAAUUGGAAAUUGCGUUUGUUUUCGCUUCUGUUAUUAUUAUUAUUAGAAGGCCAUUACGCACUGCGACCAGAGCUGAUCUAUUGUGAAAGGCCUAUUUUGCAACCCUAGAGUUUUAGGCUUUUUAAAAAUUUUAGCACAAUUUUGGGUUUGUUGUUCCAAAGAUUGCAUGGAGAUACUACGAUACCACCAAGGUGGUGAAGUCUCUGUCUGUCCAACGCAGGACAUUCACAAAGCACAUGUUCUGAGCUUUCUAUGUCCAUUUCGCAAAACCGGCAGACAUUGAUCUCGGAUAGACCAAUAUUAUUUAGAUGGUACCUCAGGCUGCAGUGACUUGUAAGGUAUCCUGUUGAAAGACGCAGAUCUACUCUGUUUAGUGAGAGAAGUUUGUCAGAUAUUCCUUUGUUGGGACUUAGGAAUAGUUUGGCUUGACGCUGACCGGCACAGUUUAGCCAGUGUGCGGCAAGUUUUCUGUCUUCCCAUUUCCUAAGGAAUUCAUUAAUGUGGCCUUUUGUCAGUCCACAGAAAGGUUCAGGACCAGUAAGUUGCAUAUUUGCUCCUUGUUUUGCAAGGUCAUCAGCCAUUUAAUUUCCCUCAUUUUCCUAACGUGUUUAGAAGGUUUAGGCAAUCAUUUACCAAUUUAGAGGUGAUAGUUGUUGAUAGAAAGGCUUUUAGAGCCGCUUGGCUAUCUGAAAGUAUGUAGAUGUGAGUACCUCUCAUUUUCCUGCUAAGGCAUUCUUUCACACAUAGUUCAAUGGCAUGUAUUUCUGCCUGGAAUAUUGUUGGGUAGGAUCCCAUCGGAAUCGAUUUUUUGAAUUUGGGCCCAUUGAUUCCUGCCCCUGUUCUACCAUUUUCCAAUUUGGACCUAUCAGUAAACCAUAGCUGGGAGCCAGGUUUGAAAGUGAUAGAGUUAGUUCUCCAGUCUGUUCGUUCAUUAAUUAUAACUUGGAAGUUCCUGAAGAGUAUUGGUUUGGGUGAUAGUAUAUCAUCCCUAUGUAGAAUGGGACUAUGUGGGAAGUCUUCCAAGAUCUUUAAAUGUCCUUUCAUAUCCCCACUUUUAAGUUCAGAUAUACCUUUUAAUCUUAAGGCACUCGAGCGAGCUUCCCUUUCAAUUAGAAUUGGAAGCGGUGGUAUGUUCAGGAGCACACAAAAUGCACCCUCGGGACAUGUUUUCAUAGCCCCUGUAAUACCAACACAUAUCAGGCGAUGCAGUUUGCUUAAUUCGUUUGCUGCCUUUCUUUGCUUGACCUUGGGCCACCAUGCUAAGGAUGCAUAAGUGACUAUGGGUUUCACAACUGUGGUCUCGCUUCUGUUGCUCUGCUAUUACUCCUAUAACUACUAUUUGAGCAGUGUUCGCUUUUUUGGGUAGAUGCGUUUUGUAUGUGCUUUUACGGUGCUACAUUGAAAAUAUAACCGACAAAUUAGGUAUAUCAGUAUACUGAUCAUACUGCUUGUAUCUGUUAAACAGCUCAUGACAUCAACGUCAAAAUUGUUCUAAUGACAGUUCAAUAUAUUUAUAAGCCAUCAAAAGCAUUUGCGUCUCAGUUUUGUUGAAUGUUUUUUUCUGUGAUGGAAUUCAAACGUAAUAGUGUGAUUGCGUUAUAUUUGGCUGGAAAAUCACCACCAGCAAUUGCUCGUGAGCUCAAUCACCUCAAAGUGAAUAUAAUGUUUGUGUAUCGCACUAUAAAACGUUACAAUGAUACUUGUAGCAUUGCAAAACGCUAUGGAGGUGGACCAAAAAAAAACCGCAACAACGCCAGAAAUGGUUCGGAAAGUGAAUGCUCGACUUGAACGAAAUCCACGACGAAGUGGAAGAAAAAUGGCUAAAGAACCGAAAAUAUCGCAAGACAGCAUUCGACGCUUAUUGAAAAAUGAGCUCAAAGUCAAGGCUUACAAGUUCCAAAAAGCACACGAUCUUUUACCCCAGCAAAAAAAAGUUCGAUGCGAAAGAGCAAGGGAGUUGUUGCGCUUGCACGAACGUGGCGAAUUUCCUAACAUUGUGUUUUCUGAUGAAAAAAUUUCCCAAUUUAGCAGUUCAUAAACAUUCAAAACGAUCGUGUUUACUUGACCGAACGCUCAUACGAGAAUCUAAACCCACGUAAGAAGCAAUUUCCCAUCGCAAGUAAUGGUUUGGGCCGCAGUGACCGCUGAUGGACGCUCUCCAAUCGACCCUGGUGUCAAAGGGAAUGCGGCCUAUUAUCGGGAAAAUGGUUUAGAAGUUUCUUUAGAGCCGUGGACACGCAAAGAUUUCGGUCGUAGACCAUGGACGUUCCAACUGGACUCGGCACCGUCUCAUAAAGCUCGUGUGAACCAAGAAUGGUUAAAAAAUCAUGUUCCACACUUCAUUUCGUCCACACAAUGACUUUCGAAUUCGCCAGGUGCAAAUCCGAGGGACUAUUCCAUGUGUUCCAUUUUGGAGAGCAAGGAGAGGACUAAAAAAUAUGCCAGUAUGGAUGCGCUGAAAAAAACGCGAUUAUACGAGAAUGGACCGAAAUACCUCAAGAUCACAUUCGUGCAGCAUGAAACUCAUUUUUUGACCGUUUGAAGGCUAUAGUCACGGCAAAAGGAGGUCAUAUCGAGCUAAAGUGAAUAUAUGUAGGUUAAAAUUGUAAUCAUUUUUGAACAAUUUUGUCUUUGAAAUCAAUAAAAACUAAUUUCACACAAAAAAGAUAUGGUUUUUUCAAUAGGUAACACUUCAUAUCGUUCAUCCUGUUUGUUGUAAGUAUGGUUAAAUGCAACUUGCAAUUUUUUAUAGUUUCUGCAUCCUUCAAAGUUUUAUGUGAAAAAAAUCCAUACAUGAGAGGACUAAUCUAUCUAUGGAUAUCUUGACUAUUUUUUUAUCGAUUUAUUUAUGCUGCAGCAAAUAACAAACACUUAAUCUAAUCAUUUGUAGGUACAUGUAUAUAUAAGCAACCUAACAAAGGAAUGUUUAUACAGAGUGGGCCAUAUAGCGUUUGUUUUUUGAACCACCUAUUUUUUGAGAAUGGUAACACAAAUGUGUUCAUAAUUUACUUAAAGGUUUGACAUUUACGAAAUGGGACGCUAUACGCUUGAACAAAAUUGGGAAAUAUUGAAAACCUAUUUCCAAAGUGGUGAGUCUUCUUCUUCUUUUAUGAUUUUCACUUCGGUGGCUACGUCAAUAAGCAAAAUUGUCGGAUUUGUGGCUCAGAAAAUGUACACGUUACUGUAGAGAAGCAAAUGCAUCCACAACGAGUCACUGUUUGGUGCGGUUUUUGGUCUGGCGGCAUCAUCGGGCCAUUUUUUUUCGAAAAUGAGCGAGGAGCCGCGGUUACAGUAAAUGGCGAGCGUUACUGUGACCUGCUUAACGAGUUGUUUCCAAAAAAUUGAUGAGGAUGACAUGGACGACAUUUGGUAUACUUUCGUUAACCCUCUGGUAAUGGAGGCAGCCUUUACUAACUCAUAAGGUGUCUUGUUUUCUCCAGGCGCUAUGUUUGUUUGGGAUUUUUAAUGAUAUGCUCUGCUUCAGUUAUUGUUACAUCUUUAUCAAGAUCCUUAUCUGUACACAAAUCAGGUGCUUGAUGCAACAUACAGUAACUGGCACACCUAAUUUGUCGGUUAUACUCGUAUUGUCAGUGUAGCACCGCAAAAGCGGUGCAUCUAAGAAAACAAAAAUGAACACUGCCCAAAUAGCAACUAUAGCAGUAGCAGCAGUAUUGUAGUACACAUGAAUAAUUUCGCAAGUAGUGCUUCGGCCGGUUCCAUGUCCUUUACUACUACUCCAACUACAGAAAGCACUUAAAUUUUUUUUAUUACGGCUCUGAUCUACUCAUCUGGUCAAGUUCAGAGCAAUAACGAGAACAGAUCAAUGUUUUGCUUGAUAAUGCUACUACAAAGUAGUUAUUGCAAACACUGCUAUUACAUACAUAUGUAUGUAUGCAUAAUAUUACAUAAACGUGUUCCGACGCAUAUAUAAUGUGCUGGUAUGGAGGUGUAUGCAUAUAUUUAAUAUAUAUUUAGGGAUAUUACGCGAUGUUAAUACGUUAGCCGAAAAGGAAUUUUAUUUAUCAAUAUACAUACAUAUAUCAAUAUACCAAAUCCAUAAACACACAUACAUACAAACACGAUACUCUCAUUUUUAUCACCAUGGGAUUUAUGUAUGUAUGUGUAAUUGUAUGUAUAUAUCGUUAUUGUUAAAAUUAAGAACUAACAUAAAAAUGCGAAGAUUUAAAAGAAAAAAAUUUAACAAAAACAUUAAGUGAGAAAAAUGAUUAGAUGAUUUCUCAGUUAUAUCUUUAGAGCAAAAAGAAAACCAAAUAACAAACACUCAAACACUCUAAUACAAUAAAAAAGAAAAACACGUGUGCCACAUUAUUGCCAUAUUUUUGUCAAACUUUAUCUUACGCAAAGUUAUGUAGGCGUAAAUACUAAAAAAAAACAAA